UCUCUCUCUCUCUCUGCAGGAAAGAAGUAUGAAUUAGGAUGGCGAGAUGGCAAGCACAAUUCAUUUUCCCCGUAAAGGGAAACAUUACCUUUAUUAGCCUAUGAUAAUAUUUAUAUUAAUUUGCUUGUUUUACUUCGGAAGCAACUCAGCUUAGUGUACAAGAAGGAAAAUGGACACCUCCCCCUCCAAAAAACAGUGUGCUCCGAAAAAGAGAGUUAAAAUUCACCCCAACACAGUUACUGUGAAGUACAGCUCCCACUACCCCCAGCCUGGAGACGAGGGGUAUGAUGACUCACCCUCUUCAGAAGACCAUGGACUUUUUGUAGAUGAAACCCCAGGCAAGAAAUUGCUGAGUGAUGGCAAAGGACAAGCAAGAACUUUCUUUGGCACGAUGGAUGCACGCUCCAAGCCCCCAGAGGAACCGAAAGACAAUGGAGUCAGUCAGCAGCUGCAGGGUUUUGCUGAUUCCUCAAUAUUCAACUCUAAGAAGACUUGGGCUGCCCUUUUCGGAGCCGCCAUGGCCCACGGAUGCGUUGCACUGAUCACUAGACUAGCGGCUGACCGCUCCAAAGUUCCGUCCUUGGAACUCCUCUUCAUUCGCUCUGUGAUCCAAGUGCUGUCCAUCGUUGUAGUCUAUUACUACCAGGAGCCUCCUUUUGGCCCUGAGGGAUACAGGUUACGUCUCUUCUUCUAUGGAGUGUGCAAUGUCAUAUCUAUCACUUGCGCCUACACCUCCUUUGCGAUCGUGCCUCCUAGCAACGGGACUAUAAUGUGGAGGGCAACCACCACUGUUUUCAGUGCCGUUCUAGCUUUCCUCCUCAUCGAUGAAAGACUGGCUUACACAGACAUCGCGACGGUGGUGAGCAGUGUCUUUGGGCUUUGUUUGGUCAUGAUCCCCAACAUUGUUGACGAAGACAACUCCUUGCUUGGGUUUUGGAAGGAAGCCUUUGGGUACAGCAUGACAGUGAUGGCAGGGUUAACCGCUGCCCUCGCCAUGAUCAUUUACAGAGCUAUCAAGGAGAAGGUUAGCAUGUGGACUGCCCUUUUCACCUUUGGCUGGACUGGUACGGUCUGGGGCGCAUCCACUAUGUUCAUUCUUCAAGAACCAAUCAUACCCUUGGAUGGCGAAACCUGGGGCUAUCUCAUUGGUAUCUGCAUAUGCUCCACUGUAGCGUUCCUAGGUGUUUAUUAUGCUUUAAAUAAGUUUCACCCAGCACUGGUCAGCACAGUCCAGCAUUUGGAAAUCGUGGUGGCUAUGAUCCUCCAACUUUUAGUGUUACGUAUGAUCCCUUCUGUUUACGAUGUAAUUGGUGGUUCUAUAAUUAUUUUCAGUGUCUUUCUUCUUGCAGCCUAUAAGCUUUAUUGGGUGGGGCGGGGAAGGAGGCAAGAUUAUGAAGAGAUCCUAGACUCCCCUAUUAAGUGAGAGCAACCAUAUGGUGUACAGUGUUCCCUAAUGUGCAAUUGAACAGUGUUAUGAAUGUCUGAAUCAAGGUAUAUUUAUUUUGUAUUGUGCCGUUGAAAGAGUGCCAACUGUGUAAUGUCUUUGAUAACCAUCAUGUGUGAAAUAAAAUGGUCAGCAAAUUAA